UUACUAAAUAUUUCGUCCAGAAAAAGUUGUUAAAAUUCCAAAAUGGCAACUAAGAAGUCGCAAGAAGAAAUUAUUGCUGGUUUUCAGGAAUUAAGGCAACACCAGCGUCAAGUUGUUGGGAAAAUAUCGGAUAUUGAAAUGGAUAUGAAAGAACACGAGCUUGUCAUUGAAACAUUAAAAGAAGUGGAUGAUCAGAGAAAAUGUUUCCGGUUAGUGGGAGGGGUAUUGGUGGAACGUACUGUGAAGGACGUGUUACCAGCACUUGUUAAUAACAAAGAACAAAUGGGGAAACUUGUAGAAACACUGUCUCGGCAGCUAGAGCAGAAGGGCAAAGAAAUUAAUCAAUAUAGAGAAACUCAUAAUCUCAAAAUCAAGGGUGAAGAAAAUAAGGAUGUAGAAAAACAGGACAAAGAUACAGCUAAAGCAGGGGGAGUUCUUGUUGCUAAGGACAGCUGAUGAACUGUUUGUUGAUGAAGGACUAUUUUGUAUACAAUUUUCGAGGACAUUUUGCACAGAGAUUAGAAUUUUGAAAAUAAGGCGCACAGCCAUUUAUGGAGAUUUUAUGUUGGAAAAAAUGUAUUAAACACGGUCUUGUGCUACUGUAGAACAUUCUGUGAUAAACUGCUUAUGGCUUAAAGCACGUUAUUUUUUUAAGCUUAAGAAAUCUUGCAUACGAUAACAAAAUCAUUUAAAUAAUUACUGUACAUGUUGCCAGUAUCAAUUGAAUAAUAAAUUAUUGUACCCCCCGACAACAAAGUUGUAAGGGGGGGUAUACUGGUUUCAGGUUGUCUGUCUGUCUGUCUGUCUGUCCGUCUGUCCGUAGACGCAAUCUUGUGCGCACCAUCUCUCCUUAUCCCCUUGACAGAAUUUAAUGAAACUUCACACAGGUGAUCAGUACCAACAGUAGUAGUGCAUGGGGCAUGUUAGGUUCUUUUAGAAAAAAAAUUUGCAGAGUUAUGGGACUUUGUUUUUUUGUUACUAUACUAUAUACAUAGACACAAUCUUGUGCGCACCAUCUCUCCUCAUCCCCUUGACACAAUUUAAUGAAACUUCACACAAGUGAUCAGUACCAACAUUAGUUGUGCAUGGGGCAUGUUAGGUUCUUUUAGAAAAAAAAUUUGCAGAGUUAUGGGACUUUGUUUUUUUGUUACUAUACUAUAUACAUAGACACAAUCUUGUGCGCACCAUAUCUCCUCAUCCCCUUGACACAAUUUAAUGAAACUUCACACAAGUGAUCAGUACCAACCCUAGUUGUGCAUGGGGCAUGUUAGGUUCUUUUAGAAAAAAAAUUUGCAGAGUUAUGGGACUUUGUUUUUUUGUUACUAUGCUGUAUACAUAGACACAAUCUUGUGCACACCAUCUCUCCUCAUCCCCUUGACACAAUUUAAUGAAACUUCACACAAGUGAUCAGUAACAACAGUAGUUGUGCAUGGGGCAUGUUAGGUUCUUUCAGAAAAAAAAUUUGCAGAGUUAUGGGACUUUGUUUUUUUUUUGUUACUAUACUAUAUACAUAGACACAAUCUUGUGCGCACCAUAUCUCCUCAUCCCCUUGACACAAUUUAAUGAAACUUCACACAAGUGAUCAGUACCAACCCUAGUUGUGCAUGGUGCAUGUUACAUUCUUUUAGAUAAAUAUUCUGCAUAGUUAUGGGACUUUGUUUUUUGUUACUAUACUGUAUACAUACAUUCUAUAUACAUACAGUCCACAUAAUUAUGCAAUCUUGUGUGCAUCAAAUUGCAAUGUACUGUGUCAGUGCAUGCGGGGGGUACAUUCAUCACCUUUAGUGAUAGCUCUAGUUCUUUCAUAUUUAGGUUAACUGCCUGAACUUUUUCUUUAUGAUAACAAGAUUCUCUAUUUAGGUAUAAUUCUUACAAGCAUAAUCAGAAACCUGUUUUUAUAGUGCCCUGUGUAUUCUGGGAUUUAAAGUUUGAAGAUAGCCAGUCAACUGAGAUGUCACUGCCAGUAUUGAAAUAGAACUUGAAUGAGUGCUAUUUGAUGUGUUUUAUACCUAAAAUAAAAGCCAGAAAUCAUUCAUUUACAGAAAUGAAGUACAGUCAAACCUGUGCUUAAGACCGCCCUGAAUAAAAAACCACCUGAUUACAAAAUCCACUGUUUUCUCCAUUUGAUUUAUUAUAAAUACUGUAAAACUACUUGUGUUGAAGAUUAUAUGCCAAAAAGGCUACUUUUUCAUUUCUCAAGUGUGGUCUUUACAGAGAAGUUUGACUGUACAGGAAUAAUUAAUACAUGCUGGUCAUUUAAAAGUUUAUUCAGAUGUUCGGUAUUGUAGCAUAUCAGGUUGAGGUUUUCAGAAACAAAAGUAUUGUAUGUCAAAAAGUUAAAACAUUCUUCUUAAAUUCUUUUUUUUUUCAUCAUGGCAAUAGUUUGCAUGAUUAUUUCACCAAAUUUUUCGUUGGGCAUUGUAUCCAUUUUAUAUUUCUUUAAAGAUUGAGCUGUAACGUAGACAAAAACAAAACCAAGACUUCAACUUUCCAUAUGGUAAAGAUAGGUUCUAAUUUUAACCUGUCUUAAACUGCCACUUGCUUUAAGCAGUCGCAUUGUGUCGCUCACUUGAUUGCUGCUUAAUGGAGGUUUGACUGUAUAUUUAACAUGGAUGAAAAUUCAGUUAAGUGAAAGGCUUUAAAGUUACUCGUUCACAUUUCUAGAGAGUUGUGACAUCAUUACAUUUCAUAUUUUAUUACAUGUACAAUCAUCUAUUCUUUCCUUUUUUAUUGUGUUUUUAAAUUACAUUACUUAUGGUCGUUAUUGAAAACAUAUUCAUGACACGUAUCUCACUGUAGGUAUCCCGGGUAACCUUUCAGAAUUUUCCUUCUACGUUAAAAAAAGUAUCGAUGUAUUCAUUAAUGUGCAAAAGAUAAAAUUUUUGUCUUUUAGUUUAUUUUAUUUCAAAAUGUAUACUGAUAAAGCAAAAGCAUUAUGAGUUGUCAAAAUAUGGUGAAGAGAACAAAAUUAAUAAAUGAAAACAAAAUUA